GCCCCUUUACUUCCCUUUCCCCUCUACUUUCCGCUCGCGCGUCGCGCGUACGCGUGCGUCUGUAGUACGUGUAUGAAACGGUGCGUAGUUCGGAACGUUAUUUUUCUUCCGGCACGGGAAGAGUGCGAGGGUGCCCGCCGUCUAUGCGCGACUCCUCGGAGAACGUCACCGCUUCGUGACCCAGGGGCGUUACGCACCGAUGUUUUAGCUGGAUUAUGCAUCAGCUUCCACUGAAUAUUCUCGCUGCUUUUCAGUUUGUAAAUGCUACAACAUGCCACCCAAGCAGAGGAAAAUAGCUAUUAUGGGCUAUAGAUCCGUAGGUAAAUCAUCUCUUAGUAUACAGUUUGUCGAAGGACAAUUUGUGGACUCAUAUGAUCCUACGAUAGAAAAUACAUUUACAAAGAGUACACGAGUAAAUAGUCAAGAUUAUGAACUUAAAUUAGUAGAUACAGCUGGUCAGGAUGAAUAUAGUAUAUUUCCUACUCAGUAUUCGAUGGACAUUCAUGGUUAUGUCCUGGUGUAUAGCAUAACCAGUGCAAAGAGUUUUGAGAUUGUACAAAUUAUUUAUGACAAAUUACUCGACAUCACUGGAAAGCUUCAUGUCCCAAUUGUAUUAGUGGGCAACAAAACUGACUUGUAUGUUGACCGUAUGAUCACGACAGAUCAGGGAAAACGCUUAGCAAGCUCUUGGAACGCAGCAUUUUUAGAAACCAGUGCGAAACAAAAUGAGUCUGUUGCAGAUAUUUUUCACACACUACUGAAAGAGAUCGAGAAGGCCAAUGGAAAUGUACAAGAAAAAAACAAUUGCAUUAUUUGUUGAACCCGAGAUAAUGGCGUUAACAAAAAUCGUUCGGAUUAUGUAAUUAAGACAAUAAUUUGACAUAUCAUUAUUUUAAUUUAUAUCCGAUUAUAUGUUCAGGGUUCUAAAGUAGAAAUAGAAUUUAUUAUUAAGAUCAACGCUCAUAAGUUAAGUUAUAAUUUUAGUUAAGUUUA